GUGGCGCUGGUCGGUGGUCGGCGACGGUCUCGCCGCGCAAUGACGGAGACGCGCUGCGCCGUGUGCGAGUGUCCGGCCAAGUCGAGCUGCAGCGGCUGCCAUGCCGCCUUCUACUGCGGCAAGCCGCACCAGAAGCAGCACUGGAAGCAGCACAAGGCGGCGUGCGUGCCGUACAAGGUGGCCGAGAACGCCGAGCUCGGCCGCCACCUGGUGGCCAUCCGCAACAUCCAGCCGGGCGAGGUGAUCCUCACCAACCAGCCGCUGGUCGUCGGGCCCAAGCAGUUCUCGGACGCGAUGUGUCUGGGCUGCUUCCAGCCGGUGACGGCCGACUCGUACCGCUGCGCGUGCGGCUACCCGAUGUGCGGCCAGCGCUGCGCCGCCAGCGACGCGCACAAGCCCGAGUGCGAGGCGACGCGCCGCUCGGGCCGCAAGCUCGAGAUCGACGUCAGCGUCAGCCCCAACCCGCUGUACCAGGCGGUGACGCUGCUGCGCUGCCUGGCGCUGCGCGACACCGACGCCUGGCGCCAGCUGGAGCAGCUGCAGUCGCACGACCGCGAGAGGGAGCUGAGCGGCCGCCAUGCUGAGAUCGACGAGCACGCCAUCCAGCUCCUCCAGUACCUCGGCGUCGACGUCGACAAGGAGAUGGUCUACUUCGUGUGCGGCGUGCUCGACGUGAACGGCUUCGAGGGCCACCUACACAACGUGAUAGGACUGUACCCGCGCGCCGCGCUGCUGGAGCACAACUGCUCGCCCAACACGACGCGCACGUUCAACGACGACCUGACGCUGGUGGUACGCGCCAGCAGCGCAGUGGCGAAGGGCGCGCACAUCACCACCAGCUACACGGACCCGCUCUGGGGCACCGACAACCGGCGCUACUUCCUGCGCCAGUCCAAGUUCUUCGACUGCAUGUGCCUGCGGUGCGCCGACCGGACCGAGUUCGGCUCGGAGCUGAGCACGCUGCGCUGCCCGCAGUGCGAGGAGGGCCGCGUGCGCUGCUCGGCGCCGCUGGAGCCGGACGCGCCCUGGGCCUGCGACGCCUGCGACCGCACGCUCACCGGCGCCGAGGUCAGCCAGAUCGUGCAGUACGUCGGCGAGAAGCUCGUCAACAUCGAGAAGGGCAGCGUGGCUGCCGCCGAGGCGUUCAUCAAGGCGUUCGCGCCCGUUCUCGCGCCGACGCACUUCUACAUGUGCGAUGUCAAGACGGCGCUGUGCUUGCUGUACGGCAAAGACUCGGAAGACGAAACGACGGUAUUGACCAGCGCCGAGGCAGAUCGAAAGGAGGAGAUUGCCUCUGAGCUGCUGGCCGUCUUGGAAAAGGUCUAUCCUGGCCAGAGCAGGCUGCGCGGCAUCCUGCUGUACGAGCUGCAGACGGCCAUCAUGCGGAAGGCGCAGAUCGAGGUGGAGAGCGGCUCGCUGAGCGCGCUGGACUGGCGGAUGCGCGCGCAGGCGUGCAUGGACCGGCUGCACGAGACCGUGGAGGUGCUGCAGCGCGAGCCGGCCUCCAGCAGCGAGCAUCACCUGGCGGAGCGCGCCUCCGGCGAGCUGGAGGCGCUCACCAAGGUGCUGGCCGUCACUGGUAUGCGGGCUUUCAUGGCUGGCGACGCCUGAGGCCGCGGCUGGAGCCGCUCCGUCCAGCAUCGGGUGUUGGCAGGACCGGGGGCUGGCGACGCCUGAGGCCGCGCCUGGAGCCACUCCGUCCAGCAUCGGGUGUAGGUAGGACAGGGGGCGGCUAUGGGGGUGUGUGUGCGCGUGCACACGGUUCGGUGGUCCGUCAAACUUGGCGCGCUGGGGUGGUUUGUAAAUGGCUGUUCAUGUAAACGCCUGUUGCUGUGUCGGGGCACGGGCGUCAUCCGAAACUUGGGACGGCAUCGUGCCAGGUGUCAGGCAUGCGCAGACUAUGUCAUCUUCAUGGUGGGGAUUGGUCAUUAUACAACGGCACUUACAAGCGUAAGCUUUCUGGUUGGUCAGCCACUAUGCUGUUUUGGGACAUUUGACGUAUGGUUUCAAUAUUAGUGGACUUUAUGCCGUCACUGUCUUGCUCCUCAAAGCAAGAUGAGGGCAAAAGUGUUAUUCAUUUAACAGCGUUUAAACCAACUCGCCUUGUCGAUAGAGUUCAAAAGUGUCCAGUGAAAUGCUUGUCUGUUUCUCGAACCUAACGGCCGCUGACCCACUUCUGGAUUUAUUUCACUGCAUACAAGAAAACCCUAGCAAUCAGGAACCUACAUGGCAUGCUGUAAUACAUGGUCGGUUUGAUGGAG